AUGGCCGCACCUGGACGUACUGGGGUAGACCCCUCCACACUCAAUAUGGCCGCACCUGGACGUACUGGGGUAGACCCCUCCACACUCAAUAUGGCCGCACCUGGACGUACUGGGGUAGACGCCUCCACACUCAAUAUGGCGGCACCUGGACGUACUGGGGUAGACCCCUCCACACUCAAUAUGGCGGCACCUGGACGUACUGGGGUAGACCCCUCCACACUCAAUAUGGCCGCACCUGGACGUACUGGGGUAGACCCCUCCACACUCAAUAUGGCCGCACCUGGACGUACUGGGGUAGACCCCUCCACACUCAAUAUGGCCGCACCUGGACGUACUGGGGUAGACGCCUCCACACUCAAUAUGGCGGCACCUGGACGUACUGGGGUAGACCCCUCCACACUCAAUAUGGCGGCACCUGGACGUACUGGGGUAGACCCCUCCACACUCAAUAUGGCCGCACCUGGACGUACUGGGGUAAACCCCUCCACACUCAAUAUGGCCGCACCUGGACGUACUGGGGUAGACCCCUCCACACUCAAUAUGGCCGCACCUGGACGUACUGGGGUAGACCCCUCCACACUCAAUAUGGCGGCACCUGGACGUACUGGGGUAGACCCCUCCACACUCAAUAUGGCCGCACCUGGACGUACUGGGGUAGACGCCUCCACACUCAAUAUGGCGGCACCUGGACGUACUGGGGUAGACCCCUCCACACUCAAUAUGGCGGCACCUGGACGUACUGGGGUAGACGCCUCCACACUCAAUAUGGCGGCACCUGGACGUACUGGGGUAGACCCCUCCACACUCAAUAUGGCGGCACCUGGACGUACUGGGGUAGACCCCUCCACACUCAAUAUGGCGGCACCUGGACGUACUGGGGUAGACCCCUCCACACUCAAUAUGGCCGCACCUGGACGUACUGGGGUAGACCCCUCCACACUCAAUAUGGCCGCACCUGGACGUACUGGGGUAGACCCCUCCACACUCAAUAUGGCCGCACCUGGACGUACUGGGGUAGACGCCUCCACACUCAAUAUGGCCGCACCUGGACGUACUGGGGAAGACCCCUCCACACUUAUUAUAACCUGCCCAUAA